GGCGUACUUGGAUGGUUCCUAAAAUGGCGGCGGUAUCUGUCAGUGUGGAGUGAAACUUUACCAUCUUAAGCAAAGAAUUUGUCAUUUUCUAACAUAUUUUGUCGACUGAAGUCGUCCGUUUAUUAAAGUAAGCAUUACCGGACUACAGAGGCGUUUGACAGUGAUCGUCAGGACCAAGCAGCGUCGUUCCGGGCUCUGUUUUUGAUCGCCAAAUCGCCGGGCUUCCCUCGAAGUUGACGGUGGCUAACGUUAAGUGGCUGACAUUGCUAUCGCACCGACUGUUGUUGUCAUCACAUUGCUCAACGCGGAACAGUCUGCUGAGAUUGGCCGUCGGCCGAGUAGCUAGUUAGCUCGCGGGUCAAGUACGUCGAAAGCGUGUCGGCGGCUUUUCGUUGAGCUGGGUCCCGUGUCCGCCUGUCAGUCGGAAUAGAGAGGUGGUGUUGGAUGUCACCACCAGUCCCUGUCAUCAGGCUCAAUCUGGUUUGCUAGCGUCGGCCAUCCUGGCAAAUCAAAUGGAGAAGCUCCAGGACCUAAGCCAAUCAGAGCUACAGGAGCUCCUGGACAACCCACAGAGGGUGGAGUCUAUGGCUCUGGAGUCUGACGAGAUCCAGAACAUCCAGCUGGAGAGAGAGAUGGCGUUGGCAUCCAACCGGAGCCUGGCUGAGCAGAACCUGGACGUGAAGCCUCGGCUGGAGGCGGAGAAAGAGGUGCUGGUGGAGAGAUAUUCUCAGCUAGAGGCCAUCAGAGAAACCUACAGACAACACUGCUCCCUGAGAGAUGGGAUGGUGGGUCAGGUGUCUCCAGAGGCAUUGUUCUCCAGACUACAGACAGAGGGCAGCAAAACAGAGGCAGAGUCAGAGACUCUAGCUGAUGAGUUUCUGGAGGGCUCUCUGCCAUUGGACUCCUUCCUGGAUCGCUUCCUCUCGCUGCGCUCCCUAGCUCACAAAAGACGGGUGAGGAUAGAGAAACUCCAGGAGAUCCUACGACAGAGGAGCGAGGGCAAUCCCAACGCCAUGACAUCAUCAGCAGGCGUCAGCCAAGACCCUGCUGCCGCGCCCUCACCCUGGAAUCAACCGACAACAACAGCAACGACGACCAAUCAGCAGCAGCCAAACUCCACAGCUCAGUCCUGCAGCUAUCCCUCGCAGCCGGCCUCCGCAUCGGCAGCGGGCCCUUCAGGCCUCCCCUACACCCCCUACCCUGUCUCCCCACCCAACCCUCCCCCUGCGGCUGCCGCAGGCUCCGGCGCGGUCAACCCCACGCCACAGUUCCAUCCGUACCCAGGUUCCGGUUCACCUUUCACCCCAGCAGGGAGCUACUCCGGCCCCAGGCCUGCGUUCGGGCCUACAGCUUCAGCCGCCUGCCCCUACCCCAGCCAGCCCUCCUUCCCUACUCCACACCCGGGCUCAGCAUUCGGCCAGUACACCCCAAGCCCCCCCCAAAGCGGCCCCGCACCCUACCCGGCCUCCUACAGCUACGGAGGCUACAGCUACCCGGCCGGGCCACCGUAUUCUGAUUCUCAGUCGCCAACAGGCAGACCCAUCUACAGACCAGGAUAUGGAGUCCCACAGCCGUACUCAUGAAGGCACUACUACUUCUCUCUACUUCCUCUGUCUCAAUUCUUCCCUUCUUUUCUAUCUCACCCCUUUCUCCUCACUGUCUCCCUAAACUCCAGCCUCCUCAGCCCCAGGUCCCUCUCCUCCUCCUCCGUCUUUUUACCUUUCUACCCUCCCUCUUCCUUUCUCCCAUGCUGAGAGAUCUCUCGCUUUACUUAUCUUUGUUGCACUAUUUCUCCCUUUCUCUAAAUAUCAGUCUACUGAUCUUUCUUUCUUUCCUUUUCCCUCUUUCUGUCACCCUACGACCCAGCGACUCCUCCACACUAGUCUCAGGUUGUUGUGUUGUGUUUAAGUGUAAACACUUGUAUCUGGCCCUUCAUACACUCCCUCUCCAUCACUCCCUCUUUCUUCCAUUUCUUGUGUGUGUGUGGGUGUGUGUUGCUAUUUGGCAAUCAGAAAGUCCUUAUAAACACACAAGUGCACUCCCCCUUAUGACAACUACAUUAAAAAAAACAUUUAUACCACCACAUCAGUGUCCAAUAGCUGUCUGACCACAAUCUGUUUGGGUCACAUUGUUAUUCAUGAGCACAGUCUUCAUUAAGAAAAGCACCCUAAUGGAAGAUGUAUGUCCUGGGCUUCUUUCAUGACUCGUAGGCUCAUACAGCGCAAUUAAAUUGGCAAGUAGAUGGCUGGUUAUAAUAAUGGAUCUUAUAUUAAGUUAAUCUAAGAUGCAGGGUUUUGGGAAUACCUUCUCCUCAGCUGUAGCUGCUUGGCUCUUCCAUACAUGUGACUUGGGAAUUUCAUAAUGCACAAUUACCUGUGGGCAGAAGAAGCACCAGUACUUUCUGUUGGUCAACCAAAGAAGCUGUGGCGACGACAGCACUUCCCUUUAACGUUAGGGUUGGAAGAGGAAGUUAGCUACAGCUGUGUGUCAGCUGCUUGGCCUCCCUUCAUGGCUGUGAAGGCCCGGUCACACCAACAGGUGCUGGACAUGGUGCCAGGAGCUACCCAGCAGCCCCUGCAACACCCAAAGUCUAUUCACUUUAUAAGCCUUAAUUUGUUUCCCACAAUGCAGUCUAGCCCUACAUUCAAGACACAGAAAUAAGCCACUGUCUUCCAAAAAAGUUUAUUUCGCUGUAACAACACUGAUAUAAUCUCAGCUCACAAAGACCAUAUACAGAUGGUGUAAACGGUUGCUUGUAGAGGUGAGGGAACUUGUUAAUAAUUCUGUUUGGGUUUGUCACUGAUCCAGAGAAAAAAUAAAAAAGUUUAGCUUAAAGAAAUUCAUUGGUCUUUAACAAACAUCUUAAAUUAGUAGUUUCCUGUAUGUAGCUUAUCCCACAAACAUCAUCGUGCUGCUGUGGAAGGCAGAUAUUUGUCCAACAAAUAUCGAUAAAUACCAACUCCACCUCAGAACUGGCGUUUUUCAGUCUUGAAGCUCUUUUCAUAUUCCAAAAUCUUGGGUUCCAGCAAAUACACAGAGCCAGGUAGGCCCGUCUGUCAUUAACACAUGCAAAUCUUGAAAAUGCAAUGUAAAGAGCACUGUAGUAACACCCUGAUACCUGGUGGAGUCUGUGGUUUGAGCCAAACAUAGUCUGGCUUCUUUGUUCCCACUCUGUCUGUGCACAUACCCCCCUCAACCAACACCUGUCUGCCCCCCCCCUCCCCAAUUCCUCCUCUCCAUCACUCUCCUCCUCCAUAUCUGAAUAUGAACUGAUGCUUGACAAUAUUUACCAGAAGAAAAUAGUUUUAUUUCUAUAAGUUCACACUAUCAGUGAGAACACGUGGUGUGCAUAGUUUAUUGGGGUAAAAUGAUAAAGGUUCAUGGUCGGUUCUGUGUCAGUUGAAUCAAUGUAAAUGAUAUCAUUGGAAAUGCAAUGUAUGUGAUUGAUGACAGAUCAUGUAAGGAUCUUUAAGAAGUACAUACCACCUCUCUAAAUUUGUAUCACACUUUGGGAUCAUCACCAAACUGUAAUGUCACAUGGACUUUUUAUCUUGCAACCUAACAUUUCAUCAAACUAAUCAUAUUUUAUCUUUUACAUCUCCUCUCAGCUACAUCACAACUCUUCAUCAGUAUUAUCACUAUCUAGAAAGCAGUUAUACAGUUCAACAUUCUCUGUCUGAUAUUUUUUGUAACACCCCAAUAGAGCCCAGAUCAAAACGUGUCUUUGUGCCAAUAUUGUCACACACGUGUUGGACAUUCCACCGAGCUGUAUCUAGAGGUGAUUGAAAUUAAUCCAAAUUGGUCCCAGCCUCUAAAACACAGUACUGCUAUUAACAGUCCCCAAUAAAGGGAAUCAUUAAAGGGAGCUGUAAUGGAGUACUGAUUUGCAUCCUAAUUGAAUGGGUCAUUACGUUUGAAAAGUGUAAAUGUUAGGAGGUGGAUGUGCUGUAGCAGUUGGUAGUUGUGUGAUUUGAACUGUACCGUAUAGACAACUGCAGAGCAGCAUCACACAGCUUUUACCAGCAGUUCACUUUUUUUUCAUGACCCUGCAUGUCAGUAAAAGUGUUGCCUUGAAGAGAAUCCUUAGCUUAUUGGUUUCGUAAGAGGCUUUUACCUGGGUGAUGAUUUAAUAGGUCCGUAAUUGUUGCUCGGGCCUCACUGUCCCGUCACAGCUGGGGUUUGAUCAGGAGUCAUAUGGACAAGCAGCCAAUCAGUGAUCUGAUGACCGUCUCUGUUCUGUUAACGACGCCUCCACAGGCCCACUCCAACACUAAGAGACCACCAUGGUUGCUGUUAGCAAAGGGAAAUUCUGCAGUUGUCUUUAUUCUUAUUUAUAACCUGGUUUAGAGUUCCUGGUUUCAGCUGUUCGUUAUCACCUCAAAUCCAUGAAAUGAUAAUAACUGUCCUAUUGUUUUCUGUCCUUGUGUUUAAAAGCUGCCUGACUGGCUGUCUGAGCACUCAUGCUAUUUGUUGGACUCGUCUAAAUCAUUUAGGUGUCUUUUUUUUAGUGACAUCUCUGGUACUAAGAGUGCUUAUAGAUAUUUAAUUCUAAAUGUUGGGCCCCACUUUCUGUUCACAAUGGUUUCUUCAUAUUCAGAGCUUAGUUAAGUAUGUGCUGUAUAAUAUAGAACAAUACCAGCUUACAUUUGAAAAGCAUCGUUUUGUUGGUGACAGAGAAUUUUCUCCAGCAAAGAGCCACCAGACGUGAUUGAAACAGCAAAUGUAAAAAUAUUUUGGAAUGAUGUGUUAGAUCAAUCAGCAGUUUCAGAAUAUACAUUUUAUUUAGAAAAAAUGUCUCAUGGAUUGCUCAUAAACAGUCCAGAUGCUCCUGAUCACAGGCCCAGACUGCAACAGUAAGUGUUGUAGCAUAAAGGCUGGGAUCCAUGGCCAAGUGUAUGGAUGUCAUUGUGACAUGCUAAAGUGCCCUCUGCUAGCACAGCAGCGGUCACAGGUACCAUCCUUUAUAAAGCAUUAUAGGUUGUAACUAAAGGUUUUAAUAAUGGUUAAUAGAUAAUGUACUAAUGCCUCAUAGAUUAGUUUAUCUUUAAAGCGUUAAAGUAAAAGUCAUUAAAAACUGCAACUGGAUUGCAGCAGAUCAUAAAUCCAUUACUAAGUAACUGCUAACUUCUUCCAAACUUAAUGGUUUACUAAAUCAGGUUGCACAAUUAAAAUGUACUAAAUGUCUUAGCUAGUUAAGACCUUAGCAAUGUGUAAAUUGGUUGUUAGGAAACAUCUGUAGCCAGGUAAUCCUGUAAAAACACCCACCAAUCACUGCCUCGCGCUCUGCUUGGAAAGAACCAAUGAAAUGCCUCGUUGCCCCGCUGCAUGUACUCUACCCCUCCCGUGUACAAGCCUGUAGUCGUAUCUGUUUGAAACAUUCGCUAUGAUCGUAUUAGGUGUUGGCUUACUGCUAAAUAAGACAUGAAGUAAAACUGCACUCCUUUCUUCGGACUUUCUUCAGUGCUUGUGCAUGUCUGUGUUGGCGGAGCCCCGAGGGCAGGGGGCGUGGUUAGACGGAGCCCAGAGGAGAUGCUACUUUCAAAUCUUGCUAGCUUUUCAACAUUACCAACCCUGCCUUUAAGAGCUAUGAAUUAUGGAAAGAAAGUCAUUGUAGUAUCAUGAGCUAUAUCCUUAUUCCCCAAACGAUAUCUUUAACUUAACUGCCAAUCCUUUUUAAAUGAAUACAUAAAGAGAUGUGUGUCCUUCAGAGUUAAAAGUAUUCAUGCACAAUGAGUUGGAAAUAUCUGAUCAUGCUAAGCUAGCUAAUGCCAUUAGUUCAUUUAGUUCAAAGCAUUACCUUUUGUAAUGUGGGCUAUAUUACAUUAUAUUUGUGAAAUAAUAAUUUACAAUCUUCCAUUUUGAUCAGGUGUCAGGUCAGACGUGUCGUCCAUAUUCUAUUAACUCUUUACUCUUCAUCUGAACGGCUCAUUUGUUAGCAAGCUAACGUUACUUUUGUCAGUUAGCUAGUACAUUAGUGAGUGUACAUAUGUAGUAUAACUAAUUUUUACAUAAGAAAUAUUCUGUUUAUCCUCCAGCAAGACACUCUUUUGUCUUCUUAACUCAGGGAUUUAUCAGGACCAGUCCUCUGAUCUCUGGACCAACAAACAUUCAUUACGUACUGCCGAUGCAGUACGGCUGCAGACCUGAUGAAAGCCAAGCACAUUUAUCAAUGGAUAAUCAACAUUUAUAUCUGCAUUAUUACUAAAUCAAGAAGCUCAACCUGCAAACCCAAAAUGUGUUUGUUACUAUCUUAUAACUGAUAAAUAUUAGUACAUGAUUAGUUAACCAUUAAUAAACCAUUAGUUACCAUGUUUAAACCCUUUAUGAAGGCGGCCUUACUCAAUUAUGUGAUAAAGGAAGUGGCUGCUGCCACACCAUAGCACACGCUCUCAGGCUGUCCCAGUCUGGCUCUGACACGUUUCCUGGGACCGGUUGUCAGUCCUUCAUGUUUGUAUGUAAAAGCCCCGAGUCCGUGUUGAUUGUCUCACAGGUCAUGAUGUUGAUGUCCUGUACUUCCACCUCGGUGCUGACAUAAUUUUCUUUACUUGUAUAUGUGUUUCAGUGGAGUCUGAGCGCUUCCUCAGCGUCACAGACCAGUGUUUGGCUGCUUUAGUUGGCUUUGAGUCAACACAACACGGUGACUCCCCUUCAGAUGAAGAUACUGAAUUACUCUUGAGCAUGACACACUUUUCAUAUCCAACUUCAAGACAUGAAUGAUUCUAGUUUGUACUAAGGAGAGAGAAUGACAGUGUUGUAGAAGAAGCACAAAUGAGAUGUAAUAUAAUAUAGACUAGCAUAAAUAUUGUCCAGAAGGAAAUAGCAUUCAGAUGGAUAGAUCUGUUCUUCUGAUUGUGAUGAAUUAUAUGAUGGUAAUGAUGACUGCAGAUUGUUAAAGAGCCUUUUUUUUUCUUUCUCUUCUUUUGGGUUGUCACUAAUUAAACAGAAGUUGAUCUAAAUCAAAA